CUGCGGGCGCUCGGCUGCUGCCAGCGACGACGACUACUGCCGGUCGCUUUUAGUCAAGCAAAACCAUUCCUCGAUUUAACAACAUUUAUGUUCGUCUCGCAAAAAUACGAAAUUAUAAGUGAAAUUAAUUGUGAUAUUGAUUGAAAUUGUGCCAAAAUAGGGACAGAAUGGAUGAUGAUCAACAGUUCUGCCUGCGAUGGAAUAACCAUCAGUCCACACUUAUUGCUGUUUUUGACACACUCCUAGAAAAUGGGACACUGGUUGAUUGUACACUUGCAGCAGAAGGAAAAUUUCUGAAUGCGCACAAGGUGGUUUUGUCAGCAUGUAGUCCAUACUUUGAAUCAUUGCUGUCACAAAACUAUGACAAGCACCCAAUUUUUAUAUUAAAAGACAUCAAGUAUCAAGAACUGAAAGCAAUGAUGGACUACAUGUACAGAGGAGAGGUGAACAUCUCACAAGAUCAAUUAGGAGCAUUAUUAAAAGCAGCAGAGUCCCUACAAAUUAAAGGCCUAUCAGACAACAGAAAAGGCGAGACAGAAACAAAGAAAUCAGUGCUACCACCUCCACCAGCCAAGAGUCCACCCCCUACGGCAUCAUUACCAAAGGUGCAGGGUUUGACAAUAGAACAUCGUAGGAAAGAUUCCGACGAGAAUUCAAGAGACGGCUCACAGUCACCUGGUCCACGACGAAGAAAGCGAGCUCGUAGAAGAAGCGAGGAAAUCGAGAACAAUCAUGAUGCUUCAAAUUCCUCAGAAUCUCAUCACAGUGUACCCCCUCAAAACAUUCCAAUCACACCUCCAACAAAAGUAACCGAUGUGCCUGAAGCGUUAGAGAAACAAGAAAUCUUGACAAGGCAUAAAGUUAGUGAGUCAGAGAUUCCUCCCCAAGUUCCUAAAGAAAACAUAGAAACCCAUUCUGAACUGAUGCUUGAACCAAAGGCUGAAUAUAUGGACGAAAUGAAUGAAGAUAGUAUUGAAGAUUUGACACUUGACGACGAAGAAUUGAGUAAUAUGGAACAAAUGGACGAAGGAGCAGGGCCUAGUCAUGGCAAUGUUGGUGAAGCAUCUGGUCAAGGUUUCGGAUGGCACAUGGGCAACCAAAGUCAAGACGAAGUGUUUUUGGCCGCACAAGAAGCCGUUGGAGCGCACCGCGACUCACAAGCUCAAGAUUUACGUGUUUCAAGACCAUGGGAACAUUGGCCCGCACAUUUGGCAUUACCGAUGAUUCUAAUGCGCGAGAGCAUGAAGAAAUCCAUGAUACAGUCUAUAACGUCCUCUCCUCCAUUAAAAUCCCCCAAGUCAGCAGCUCAGCGCGAUAAGGGGGAGGUAGGCGGAGUUGUGUAUACUUGUAGCGUGUGCGGCCGAAUUUACAAGCUAAAGAGUUCGCUGAGGAACCAUCAGAAAUGGGAGUGCGGAAAAGAACCGCAAUUCAAGUGCCCCUAUUGCGUCUACAAGGCGAAACAAAAGAUGCAUAUGGCAAGGCACAUGGAACGUAUGCAUAAAGAAAUAGAUUAUUCCGUGAUAAAGGCCGAGGUGGAGAUGAAAGCUGAGGCAGCUGGGGAGGCGGAGGACAAUUGACGAUGGGCUAAAAUGUGAUUUAUAAAACGACACAGCACUUUAUUAUUUCUUUCAAUUCUCUCUUUUUAUUUUGUGAAUAACGGUUCGGCUAUUCUGAUCAGGAGGGUGAUGAGAUGGGCAAAUCUAGAUAUUUAACUGUUGAGUGCAAGUUGACCAGUUGACCAUUCAAUUUUGUACCGCAAGAAACUUGUCAAGUGCCUUAACUAGAAAAAGACAACCACAUAAUAUUUAACUCCGACUGAUUUAUAAAAUCAUACUGCCGAUCUUUAAUGACGUAUUACAUACCUAUUUACUGCUGCAGGACCUAAAUAACAUCGCUGAUGUUUUUCGUACAUACAUACCGUAAUUAAUCGUAAGCAUUUUCAACCACAAGGUUUACCCAUUCAGCCUAUACAUAAAGUAAUAAAAUAAUGAAAUGUGAUAUAUGGGUGGUAAACAUAAAAAUGAAAAAAUACCACAUGACAGAACAAGACAAUAUUUUUAUAGAUUUUAAACUGAUAUAGUGAUAUUUUUAUACACGUUUACCUAUACAUGUGCCUCACAGUGUUAAUUGUUCCUUUACAUAACUUUGGUAUCAGAUGUGUUACCUUUUCUGUUUGCGAAAACACCGCAAACGAUAAAAAAAUAAGUUUUACUACUAUGCUAUACAUAUAUUUACAGUGCGAGUAUGAUAGUUGAACAAACUGUAACUUGGUUGCACUUGCUAUGAGGAUUUGAUACGUGAAGCUUUUGGUCAGGUAGAGUUAUCGGACAUAUUAAUAUAGAACGAUGAAGAAAAGAAAAUUGCGCUAUAAAUAUUUAAUUGGAGGUAAUGGUUAUUUCUAUUUUUAUAUGAAUAAUAUAUCAAGUUAAACUGAAAUGCACAUAAAAAUGAGGCAACAGGCGGCUUUUAGCUCAUAAGAAAAGUUACUAUUAUUUACAUUUAGUUGAUUACUUUCAAAAAGUAGAUUCUUAUAUAUGGGUUAUUCUUUCAUUUUGUGUAUUAUAAAGAAAUUAUUAAUUUUAUUUUCGCUUGAUCACGAAUUCGCUUGAUUAUUAACUGUUUUGGUGGGCGCGUGUUUUCGCGCGCGACGGAUACAUUCAAUUGCUUUACUAGUUGUUAAGAAUUCAAAAUUAUAAAAGGUGUGGGGGAAUCUUUAAUAGCGCAAACAAUGCAGCUUUCAUUUGGAUUAAAUAGAACAAAAUAAGUUAUUUGCUGCAGGCAGAAUAGCAUGUUAUAAACCUAAACAGGACACUCAAUAUUAUAAUACUCAAACUACGAACAAUAAUUGUGAUUUACCAUAACUUGUAAUAGUAUAUAGAAAUGAUGCCAAGUUCCUGAUUUCCAUAAUAUGCAUACUAUUUUAUUUAAUCAUAGUGUUUUCUACAUAUUACGAACCCGAACAAUAUUUUUGUAACAUCAAAUGAUGCAUUUAUCAUUUUUUGUACAAUAUUUCUGAAGAUUUACAAAGUUGACAUUGUUACAUACCUUUUAUAUUAUUGCUAUUGUAUUAAAAUUCAAUAUAAAUUCUUACCUCGUGUAAAGAAAA